AUGAGGCUGUUAGAAGACGUGGGUGGAGGAGGAGGAGGAGGAGGAGGAAGAGGAGGAGAAGGAGGAGGGGGUAAAGGAGGUGUGGAGGAGGAGGAGGAUGUGGAGGAGGAAGUGGAAGAGGAGGACGAUAGGAGGAUGAAGAUGAGGAGGAGGAGGCAAGACGAGGAGGAGAUGGAGAUCCCAUAUGACCUAGAUUGCACGAUUUGUUACGAAGGACUUCAGGUCAUGAUGACGCAUGACAUCAGUCUUCCAGAUCUCGUCACUUGUGGCAGAUUUGGACAAUAUGACUCUGGGAUUCAACCAAGAGAUGGUGAGCCUUUGCUGGGAAUAUUCCGUAUUGGCUGGAAUAUUCCGUAUUGGAUGGUCCUCGUCAAGAGCAGUACGUUUACGAAUUAG